CAGAAGUGAGAAAGAUGAAAAUGGCGUGUGUGUAUGAUGCGGAAGUGAGGGAAACUUUAAGCGUAAAACAAUAAGGUUUAACGGAUUUAAAUCAAUACUUUCAUCCAAUGUGUUCCAAGUUCGGAUCAUGAACCUUCUUUGUAGAUCUUACGAUUUGUAAAUCUCAUCUCUGGAUUCAUAACAUGUAGUUAAACCUUGAAACAUCAACUUGACAAGUGGGUCAAACAGAGUUGAGGACACGUUCAUCGUCCACGUAUAAUCAUGGCAGAAGGCCAGGACAAAGUAGAUGAAAACUUGCGUAUACUAGGCGAUGAAUUAGCUAGGAUCAGGAGAGACCUAGACUUACAUAAACACCUUGGUGAGGUGAACGCCACCAGAUUAAUUCCAUCUGAAGAAAACAAUGCAGAACAACUAGGGUGUCACGGAGACGCUUUAUCAAAAAAUGGAACUGAAAGUGUCUGGCGACCAAUUAAGUAUAACCUUGCUGUUCUGAACGACACCAUAUUAAACCCAGCUGGAGACAACAAGGCAAAACAACUAGGGUGUUACGGUGAUGUCUUAUCAGAAAAUGAAACUGAAAGUGUCUGGCAACCAAUUAAGUCAAAAUUUAAGAAAGAAGACUUAGCGGCUCUUGCAAAAUCUGCUCAGAUUCUACCGCUGGCAAUAAAUAUGAUCAAGCCUGACUUUCUUGAAAGGAGUUUUUAUGACUAUGUGGUGGGCACAGACAAAUCGUGGUCAUCAUUAGGACUUGAAGAUUUGGAUGCUGAUGAAUUUAACUUGUUUGCAAAAGCGUUGGUUAAAGGAUAUGAACACCGUCGAAGGAUUCGGCUGAUGGUAGUUGGCAUUCAGUCAGUCGGAAAAACGUUACUUGUUAAUAAUUUAGUCGAUAAAAUACACGACAAAGAACAUUCACAAAGUACAGAAGGAAUCGACGUACACAUUUGUAAAUCUGAUACCAGCAAUAAGUGGAUAAAAGUUGAUAAGUCAGAAAUGUUUGGGUUUGCGGGGAGAAUAAGGAAUGCUAUGUUCGAAAAUCAAAAUAAUGAGGAAGGCAAUGCACCAACAGCGGAAAAUACCUCCCAGGUUGUGGUAAAAGAGAAACUAAGAUCUCAACAUGAUGACUAUUUUAUGAAGGCAUUCAUCAAAGAAUUUGGACAAACAGUGCUAGAUUUGGACAAUACACAACCACCAAUGGUCAAUCCACCAAACAACAACAAGCAAAUCGUUUCUGUGUGGGAUUUCGCGGGACAGAAUCUUUACUAUUCGUCCCACCAUUUCUUCCUUAACAGCCGCUGUAUUUAUUUACUUCUUAUGGACAUGACUAAAGAUUUAGAUAGUAGGGUGGAAGAAGGAUAUUCACAGUCUGGCUUGUUUCACCAAGACUUCACGUAUUUAGAUGCCUUUAGAUUUUGGCUCAAUUCCAUACAUAUGUACUGUUCAACCGAAGCUCAAAAUCAUAUUGUUCAACCAACUAUCAUUUUGGUUGGAACUCACAGAGACCAGAUGCCAUGUAGCGAGGAACAGAAAGAAGAAGAAAUGGAAGAGUUCUUUGAAAGAGCUUUGGAGACAUUAAUAGAUACACCAGUGUUGCAACAUGUACAUGACAAGAAAUUUCUUGUCAACAACCUUGAGCCUGACGACCCAGUCUAUUAUCGAAUAAGGGAUGAAGUGAAACAAAUCGCAGAAAAGCAACCUUACUGGAAUGAAAAAUAUCCGACAAGUUUUGUACAACUGGAAAGUGCAUUGGACUCAUUGCGUGUAAACGGCAAAGAGGUUGUGACUUUACGUGAAAUCGAAAAAGCAAAUGAACAAUCUGUUAAACCUGUCGAUGCGGAUCAAUUGCAGUUGUUUCUUCAGCUAGAACAUAUGUUUGGAAACAUACUCUAUUUCAAUACAGAUGAGUUGAAAGACAGCAUUGUUCUUUGUCCACAGUGGAUUAUUGACGCAUUUAAGUGCUUUAUUACACACAAACGUGGAAGAACGGAAAACACGGCACUUCGAAAGGAAUACAGAGAAUUUGCUGUCAUAAGGCCGAAGCUUUUGGAAGAAAUUAUUGAACGGAGCCCGGAAAAUGUCCGAGCACAUGGGGAUGUUGUUGUAAAGUACAUGGAACAUCUCAACAUCUUGGCCAAACCAGUACUGUUAGAAAUGUAUGAAGGCGAUGAAAAAGAUAAGUCCACACAUGCUUUUGAGGGAGGAGAAUUCAGAGUUGAUUCAGACAGAGACAGACUAGAACUCAGCUAUAAUGUAAAAAUGUUAGAUUUUUAUAUUGUUCCUUGUCAGCUUAAAUCCAUGCCAGAUACAACUAUUUUGGAUGAGUUAAAGAAUCCACACAAUUGGCUCACGACACAAGCUCUGUGCUUCGUUUUCAAAGACAAAUUUAUGCCUCCAGCUGUAUUUCACCGACUUCUUGCAGCCAGCAUUCGAUCUUGGGAAAUUGCUAAAUACAGUACAGACGCACGUGAGCAGACACUGCUGUUUAACGGCAUCGGGGUGUUCAAGACAUCACCCCUCUCGCAGUUAAGCAUGUGGUAUCAAGAUCACAUUAUUUACGCCAGAAUGGCAUUCAUGUCUAGCCAAGAUGACCCGGAGAAAGCAAUAGAUGGAUACACCUGCAAAACAGUUCGAAAAACAUUAUACAAAACUCUAACCGCUAUUCUUGGACUCAUGCGGCGAUCUCGAUCAGUCAAAGGUGUCUUACCUUUCGAAGAGUACGUUCAAUGUCCGAGGGUGAACACACAUAACCAUGGGUUAUUUAGAGUUAAUGAUUUCAUCAUCGAAGACGAAAAGACUUGCAGUGACCAUCAUGCACUUGGCGAGGCGCAUGUUAUCACAAAAGCGGAUAUUCUUGGUAGUUGGUACAAAGAUGCGUUGGAAGAUAUGGGAAAGUUAAAGAAGCAAGACGAAGACGUAGAAUUAGACAGAGUGCCGGAAGAUCGAGAACUGUCUGUUAUUGCUAGAAAGCUUGGAACCAGCAAAGACAUUUGGCUUCUUGGCGUUGAGCUUGGUAUACCACAAACAACGAUGCAAACGUUACAACGUGAGCAUAGUAGGGAAUCGAGGGAUGUGUUUGUUUACCACAUACUGUACGAGUGGAAACGAAGAAGCCGAAAACCGUAUUUGUCGGUUCUCCGCAAAACCAUUCUUGCGGUGUUCAGAAAUUCACAGAUUGAUCUUGUGGACAUGUUAAAAGGGAGAGAUGUCGAUGGAAACCAUCAGCUUCAAGGUAUAAUCAUGGCAGAAGGCCAGGACGAUGAAAAAGAAAGACGUCGUAGAUUAGCCGAGAAAUUAGCUAAGACCGGAGAAGCUACACUCCUACAAUUUAAAGAUCAUGCCAAUGUGAACUGCCUUAAAAGGCUAGAAGAAAAAGUUUUGGAACAAAUACGACGAUACGAUGAUGCUUUGUCAGAAAAUGACUAUACAGUUGUCUGGAAAUCAGUUAAGUCAAUACUCAAGAAAGCAGGCGCUAUGUUUGGUCCCGACAUGGUUACGCUUUUAAUAUUAGCAUUGAAAAAUAAUGACCAUCGUCGCUUUCGUGUGAGGAUGUUGUAUGAACUGUUGGAGGACAGAGACAUGCUGUGGCCAUUAGAGGUAAAAUUAGUAUGUUUAAAUGAUGAAGCAUUUGAUCUGUAUGCGAAGGCUUUAGUUAAAGGAUAUGAACACCGUCAAAGGAUUCGACUGAUGGUUGUUGGUAUUCAGUCAGUCGGCAAAACAUUACUUGUUCAUAAUUUAGUUGACAAUUUAGAUGCAUCUCAAUAUGGAAAAAUUCCCGGCGCACAAAGUACAGAUGGAAUCGAUGUUCAUAUUUGUAAGUCUGAUACCAGUAAUAAGUGGAUUCAAGUAGAUAGGUCAGAAAUGUUUAUAUAUGCGGAUAGAAUUAGGAAUGCUUUGUUUGACAAUCAAAAUGACGAGGACGGCAAUGCACCAGCAAGGGAAAAUACACAGGCUGAAUCAAAAGAAAAGUUACAAUCACAAAACGAUGUAUCUGAAAAGGUAGAUACAUCAGAGAUUAGCGUAAGAGAGAAUCUGCGAUCUCAACAAUAUAAGGUUCUGACAGCGGAAUUGCUACAAGAACUGGGAAAAAGAUUGUUCGACUUGGCAUGUGCAGAAAACUAUGGAAAAACAUCGGACAGUCCACCAAACAGCAAACAACAAUUCGUUUCUGUGUGGGAUUUUGCAGGACAAAAUCAUUACUAUUCGUUCCAUCAUUUCUUCCUAAACAGCCGCUGUAUUUAUUUACUUCUCAUGGACAUGACUAAAGAUUUGAAUAGUAAGGUGGAAGAGGGAUACUCACAGUCUGGCUUGUUUCAUGAAGACUUCACGUAUCUAGAUGCCUUGAGAUUUUGGCUCAAUUCCAUACAUAUGUACAGUUCAACUGAGGCCAAAUAUCAUAGUGUUCAACCAACAAUCAUUUUGAUUGGAACUCACAAAGAUCUGAUGGCAUGUUGUGAGGAACAGAAAGAAGAAAAAAUGGAAGCGGUCUUUGAAAAGGCUUUGGAAUCCUUUGUGGAUACACCAGUGUUGCAACAUGUACAUGACAAGAAAUUCCUGGUAAAUGACGUUGAGCCUGAAGACCCAGUCUACCAUCAAAUAAGGGAUGAAGUGCAACAAAUUGCAGAAAAACAACCUUACUGGAAUGAAAAAUAUCCCACAAGCUUUGUACAACUGGAAAAGGCGUUAGACGCUAUGCGCGCAAAUGGCAAAGAGGUCGUAACAUUUUGUGAAAUACAAAAGGCUAACCAAGAGAAUGUUAUGCCUGUUGACGAGGAUCAACUACGCCUGUUUCUUCAGAUUGAACAUAUGUUUGGAAAUAUUCUUUAUUUUAAUACAGAUGAGUUGAAAGACAACAUUGUCAUUUCUCCACAGUGGAUUAUUGACGCGUUUAAGUGCUUUAUAACACACAAGCAUGGGAAAUCGGAUAAUACGGCACUUCGAAAGGAGUACAGGGAGUUAGCUAUCAUAAAGCCGAAGCUUUUGGAAGAAAUUAUUGAACGGAGCCCGAAAAAUGUUCGAGCACACGGGGAUAUAGUAGUGAAGUACAUGGAACACCUCAACAUCUUGGCCAAACCAGUACUUUUAGAAAUGUAUGAAGACAAUGAAGAGGAAAUGUCAAGAUAUGCUUCUGAGAAGGGAGAAUUCGAUGUCAAUUUAGACAGAGACAAACUCGAACUUGUCACCUAUAAUGUAAAAAUGUUAGAUUGUUACAUUGUACCUUGUCAGCUUAAAGCUAUGCCGGAUAAAAUUACAUUGAAUGAGUUAAAGAAUCCGAGCAACUGGUUCACAACCCCAGCAUUAUGCUUUGUUUUUAACGACAAAUUUAUGCCUCCAGCUGUCUUUCACCGACUUCUUGCAGCUAGCAUUCGUACUUGGGAAAUUGCUAAAUGUAAAAUAGGCGCAAAUGAGCAGACGCUGCUGUUUAAUGGAAUCGCAGUAUUCAAGACAUCACCCCUCUCGCAGUUACGACUCUGGUAUCAAGAUCACAAUAUUUACGCCAAAACUGCUUUCAUGUUUCAAGAUGAUUCGGAGGAAGAAAUAGAUGCAUACACAUGUCAAACAGUUCGAAGAACAUUACACAAACAUAUCAUGGCUAUUUAUAGACUUGUGCCGCAAGCGCGAUCAGUCGAAAACCCCAUACCCUUCGAAGAGUAUGUGCAGUGCCCAAAGUUGACCACGCACAAACAUGGCCUGUUUAGGGUUAAUGAUUUCAUCAUUGAAGACAAAAAGAUUUGCAGUGACCAUCAUGCACUUGGCGAGGCGCAUAUUAUCACAAAAGCGGAUAUUCUUGGGAAUUGGUACAAAGAUGCGUUGGAAGAUAUGAGAAAGUCAAAAGAGCAAGACGAAGGAGUAGAAUUAGAUAGAGUGCCAGAAGAUAGUGAACUAUCUGUUAUUGCUAGGAGGCUUGGAAGUAGCAAAGCCAUCUGGCUUUUUGGCGUUGAGCUUGGUAUACCACAACCAACAAUGGAAACGUUACAAAGAGACCAUAGUAGGGAAUCGAGGGACGUGUUUAUUUACCACAUGCUGUACGAAUGGAAACGAAGAAGUAGAAAGCCGUAUUUGUCGGUCCUCCGCAAAACAAUUUUCGCGGUGUACAAAGAUUCGUCGAUUAAUCUGGUUGACUUGUUAAAACGAUUAAAAAGAAAAAGUGACGACUGAAGCAUGCAAAAAUGUGAAUUUAUCUGCAUUAUACUACCAAGUAAAGAGUGUGCCCAUAUAUAUUGAAGUACAGGAUAUUUGGAUUGUUCUGAAUUAUGAGUAUCCGUAUUAUAUUUGAAUAACCAUACACUUUUUCAUUAAUUCAUGUGUGUAAUUAGAGUAAGGACGACCACCCCUAACUGAUUCGUUUACCUGUAGUGUAAGCCAAAUUGUAUUUAUGGAAAACAUUGUUAAAGGGUAAAUUGAAAUGAACAAUUAUCAGUUUAUGUCGCCUGAGAAGCAUGGCUCAAAUAUAGGGAUAAAUAUGUUCGGCAUUUUGUUCGGCAUUCUUGCAGCGUCGUCCACAGCGUCACACUUAUGUCCGGUCUCCGACUUUGAAAUGUGUUACCUAUUAAUUUUACUUUUUUAUUGGCUAAAUAUUUCGACUGACAUUGUUCAAAAGCCAAAUUGCACUAUUUAAUCCUAUUUAGCCUUUUAUUUUGUUUAAAAAAUAAAACACACUAAACUUGGUAAUUUGUUUAUGGACCCAUAUCUCGACUAAGUGCGAUCAACAGCUCGAUCACAAAAUUCACUCAGGAGUUACGGCCUUGUCAAAAUUAGACCACUUUAACGGUGUACAUUCUCUUACUCAGGCAUUGUACACUCUUUGGCAAUCUAAAUAGCAAAGUGUAUAGGCAAUAUAUAUUGCGCAAAAUUGACAUUUUAAUGCAAAUACCUCCAAGGAGAAAGCUGUAAUCUGGCCGGUCAUCAAAGUCGGCCAGAUUGCAACACCUAUCCUUGGAUUAAGUUGUUUUAAAAUUUAUACGGCUGUUUAAGAAGAAAUGAUGAACCAAUUUUUAAACAAUCUUUACAGAGCUACUACAGAUUCUCUACACAAGCGACAUAGUCAUUUCGUGGGAUUCUAUUAUUUAAUUCGUCUUUAAACAUGUUUGUGGUGUCAUCAUGUGUUCUCUUUGUACAUUGUAUGGGUUAUUGGACUGUGUCCCGUACUUUAUUUUUACUAACUAUCCAAUACUGUUCAAUAUUUUAAUUAUGGACAGUCAUUGUUCAAAUAAUGGGCAGUCAUUGUUCAAAUAAUGAACAGUCAUUGUUCUAAUAAUGGACAGUCAGUAGAAAUGGUAGUAUCGUGUGAUUAACGUAGUGUAGAAUCAAGAUGUGUUUCUACAAACUUGUUACUUAUAUUUUGUAAAAACAUGCCAUUUUUGGCCUAGUAUGAUGAAAUUUAUUGAUUUUAUGCAAGGUACGAAUUAUUCCGAACAGCUUAAUUAAUGCAAAUUUAUUUCUUAAGCAUUUGAACGUCGUCAUAACAUUGUAAAUAUUGUUUCAUGAUCUUUAUUAAAGGUUUAAAUUUUGGCUUUUUUGCAUACCAUAAUAUACCUUUAAAAAUGUAGCUUUCAUCAUGAAAAUUUUUAUAUAAAUAUUUACUAAUUAGUUGUUAGUCCAUCCUCACUGUGUAAGUGAAAUGUUAGUGUAAUGUAAUAGUAUAUAAUCUUAAAGUUUGAUGUUAAGAUAUUGAUUAUCAGUUCUUUUCUCAUGUCUGAGAUUUCAAACCUAUCAUGUUAUCGUUGUAUAUAUGUUUAAUUUAAUGUAUUAUAUCUAUCAUGUAAUGAGGAACACUUUGUGUUCAAGUUACUUAAUAAAUAAGUUGAAUCUUGAAUCUUUGAAAAAAAAACAACUUUAAAAUCGAUUGUUUAAAGGUUUA